AUGGCGACGCUGGGCACGACCGGUCGGCGCGAGGCCAAGGCCAAGCUCAUGCAGCACCAGUACGACAUGCUCGAGACCGAGUGGAUCCGCCAUGGGCUCCACGACCUCGAUGCGUGCGGCGCCGACGUGCGCAAGCGGUUUAUGCAAGCGGUCGACGACGCGCUCUGUGUUCAUUUUGUCGAGUGCCGUGGGUACUCUUAUCCCUUUACUGUGCUGGCCGAUGCGGUGUGGGGUAUGCUCACACGGCAGUUCAAGCCGCAGCCCGAACUCUACACCAUCCACGAGGACAUUGACAUCGACGACGAGUGCGUCUAUUUUCGAUUUCUCGCGUCGAUUGCAGGCACGGCGAUGCCGCCCGUGAACGGCCGACUGCUCGCGCGACGCUUUGUCGAGAGCGACCGGGUCGUCUUUGUGACCCGGUCCAUCGUGGACGACGCUUUGUAUCCGUCCGAUCCGAGUCAUUUUCACGACAAUCAGUGCUCCUGGAUCGUUGUGCAGCAACGCGGCGAGCAUGCGUCGUGGCUGUCGUCAUAUGCGCGGUUUGCGCCGCCGACGGUCACGGACGACAGCACGAUCACGGACGUGACCCCUGGCAUGUACACGGACUGCAUUUUGCAGCUCAUGGACGAAAGUGGCAUCUCUAUUUACGAUGCUCUUCAGAGCGUCUUGCCUGCCGCGUAGUCGCUAUGCUCGUCAGACAUAGGUAGAGUUCAUGCGGCAAGGUCGCAUUAGAAAGUAUAUAUAUUCUGAAAGCAAGUGCGAAAUGCUAUUUCAACUAGA